UAUAUAUAUAUAUAUACAAGUAUAUAUAUACUGCAAGAUGUUGCAAUAAUUUUUUACACUUUGGUGGGUUUUGAACAAAACUUUUGAAAGAAAACCAAAAGAAAGAGACUUUGUGUGCUCCUCAUAAUAUUGAGAUAUAGCAAGAGGAUAAACAUGGCCAAAAAUUCAGUAGAAGGAUCCAAGGAAGACCUGACCAAAAUGGCAGAAGAAGACAUGUUGAGGUGGAGCAAAGAAGACUUGGUGAAGCGGCUCAAGAAAGUCGAGAACGAGAAGAUGAACGUGAUGGUGGAGCACAGCAACCUGAUGAAGGACGUCAACCGGAGGCUGCAGGUCCACCUGCAUGAGAUCCGGGGCUUGAAAGAAGUCAACCAGAAGCUUCAGGAUGACAACCAGGAGUUGAGGGAGCUCUGCUGCUUCUUGGACGAUGACCGGCAGAAAGGGAAGAAACUCUCCAGGGAAUGGCAAAGGUUCGGGAGACACACCGCCGGGGUGAUGUGGAAGGAGGUGGGGAUGUACCAGCAGAAGCUGAAGGAGCUGGAAACCAAGCAGGAGACCCUCCUGAGAGAGAACAUGGAGCUGAAAGAGAUCGUCCUGAUGUUGGACGAGGAGAGGAACGGGGCCGGCUCCCGCAGCUCCAUCGACAGCCAGGCCAGCCUCACCAACUUGAACGGAGGCUCCGGCACCCGGGAUGUUGGCGACGGGAGCAGUACUUCCAGCACCGGGAGUGCAGGGAGCCCUGAUCACCACCACCACCAUCCCCUUCACCACCACAAACCUGUGGAGAACAAGGCUGGAGCUAUCCGGAGGUCCAUGGAUGACCUUUCAGCACCGCUUCACCACAGGAGCAUUCCCAAUGGCCUCAAUGAUUCAUCAUCCAACUACAUCAGACAACUUGAAACAAAAGUGAAGCUGCUAGAGGACGAUAAUAAACUUCUUUCUCAGCAGUCAACAACUGAUUUGAGGACUCUGCGGAAAGGGUUAUCCCCGUACCAUUCGGAGUCCCAGCUGUCAUCACUGCCACAGUAUCAGGAUGCCAUGCAAAAUGGGCCCAUUCGUAUGACUCCUGAUCUCACUGGUUCUCCAGCAGUGGGCUAUGUUCCCAUAAGCCAGAAACCUGAGGCUGUGGUGCACGCUAUGAAGGUCCUUGAAGUCCAUGAGAAUUUGGACAGGCAAAUACAAGAAAACUAUGAAGAAGACCUGAGUGAAAAGGAGAAAGCAAUUGUUCGUGAAAUGUGCAAUGUGGUCUGGCGGAAACUAGGUGAUGCUGCAAGCUCCAAGCCAUCCAUCCGGCAACAUCUUUCGGGUAACCAGUUCAAGGGCCCUUUGUAAGAAGCCUCACACCACAAGACUGGGAGUGGAAAGAAUGAGAUGAACAAGGACUUCUCUGCCUCUAGCUGCCACAGCCAUCUCUCCUGCUGACCCCCAGUUCUGUACCUGUUCAUAGUGUAAAUAAGGCAGCUCAAGACCUAGAUAGUAAGCUGACCCGAUUCAGAACAACGCUACGUGGGUUAAUAACAAUCCUCUAGUGGCCCAUUUGUGUCACUUGUAUUGUAGUGGGGAAAUCACCCCAAGCCUGCUCUAUUGUAUGGUCAUGUGUAGAAAUACCCAAACCCAAGUGAAUUUCUAGGAGGAGAAAGAAACAAGGAGCCCCUACCUGUGGAAGAUUUACACUUUUUUCGUUUGUGCCGAUGUGUGGACCAGCACCACACCAGCUCCCUGCAGCUUGCUUUUGUGGAAAGACUGAGGAAAACUGCAAGUAUACUUGUUGUUUCCAUGCCUAUUGAGAAGAACAUUUUUGUCAUUUGGCUGGUCCCAAAAUGCCACAGCUUUCUAAGGACUGGUCCCAUAAUGCUGCAGCUUACAUGUCACCAUGAUGAUAGCUUUCCUCUGGUUCAGAGGUGGAAAAAUGCACCUCCCAGAGACAAGUCCCAGUAUUCCUUACCAUUCCUUCUGGAAUUUACAUUCCAACAAUAUCUUGAGAGCUACUCUAUACCAACCUCUGCUCUAUGGAAGCAAUCUUUGAUUAUUUUGUUGUUGCCUGCAGGGAUAAAUAAUUAGAGGAGACUUCUCACUGGAGCAGAAGAAAACAAACAUUAUUCCACAGUAGUGGGAUGUCCUGAAGUGCUGCAGGGGAAUUCGUUUGUGUAGAAAAACACAUGGGCUUCUUUGCACAAAACCUGUGCUGAGACUGCUGACUUAGUUAUGAAUGUUUAACUCAAUAUCAUCUCCUGGCCUAACACUCCUGAUGUACUUCAACAGCCACCAGCAGCAUUGAGUCAUUACUCAAUGAAGGUCUGUUCUUCAGGGGAUUGGGAUGCAGUAGAAUGGUAUUUUCAUUCCCCUCUUUCUAGCAAAAUCUGCAUUGUGAAGAGUUACAGCAGGGAUCCUAUUUCCGAUUGCCACAACCUUUCUUGCUUGUAGAAAGGAGAUGUAAAUAUCAUCCCCCUCUGUGACCUGAUUGCUAGUAGAACAGACCACCAUUACACAAUGCAGCUGCUUAGAAUCAUAGAAUCAUAGAGUUGGAAGAGACCUCAUGGGCCAUCCAGUCCAACCCCCUGCCAAGAAUCAGGAAUAUUGCAUUCAAAGCACCCCUGACAGAUGGCCAUCCAGCCUCUGGAUCCUACACCACACUCUGGGGCAGAGAGUUCCACUGCUAAAUGGCUCUCACAGUCAGGAAGUUCUUCCUAAUGUUCAGAUGGAAUCUCCUUUCUUGUAGUUUGAAGCCAUUGUUCCACGUUCUAGUCUCCAAGGCAGCAGAAAACAAGCUUGCUCCCUCCUCCCUGUGACUUCCCCUCACAUAUUUAUACAUGGCUAUCAUGUCUCCUCUCAGCCUUCUCUUCUUCAAGCUAAACAUGCACAGCUCUUUAAGCCGCUUCUCCAGACCCUUGAUCAUUUUAGUCGCCCUCCUCUGGACACAUUCCAGCUUGUCAAUAUCUCUCUUCAAUUGUGGUGCCCA